AUGGAGAUCAUCACUUCCAUUGUCAUCCAGGGUAUCUUGCUCGCUCUAGCACUAGGCGUCACGAUCCUACGAUGUUGGAUUCGUCUCAUUGUAGAGCGUCGCUCACUGACAUUGCCCGACUAUCUCGUGUGGGGAGGAAUGGUUUGUGCGCUUGGCUGGUUCGCUUGCUCUACGAAAGCGCUCUACAUCCUGAUUGACCAUCCUCUGGAUGAGGAGACCAGAAGUGAUUCCGUUGUUUACCUAAAGGUCGUAUUCGUGUCAGUUUACUUCUUCGACACGGGAUUGUAUUUUCCCAAAGCCUCGCUCGUCGCUUUCUACUGGUGGUUGAUUCCUCAAGGCUUCAGACGCCUCCGAAUCGCAGUUUAUGUCACCACCGUGGUUGUUGCCUGUUCUUUCGUCGCCAGUGUAUUGAUGGAUACUCUUAUCGCACCAAACAUAUCGGAUAACUGGUCUAUCGAGAACCAGCUCAGUUCAACAUGGAACACUUACUCCAACCUGGUGGUCAAUUGGACGCUCAAUUUCGGCACUGAUCUUUUGCUAUUCGGGCUACCGUUCUUCAUCUUCAACUGCUUGAAGCUUCGUAAGCGACAAAAGAUUGGUCUGGUUGGCAUCUUCUCUCUGGGCGCAAUCACGAUGGCGAUCAGUCUUGCCCGGUUCAUCGUCUAUAACAUGGACUAUGAUGUUUCCGAUGCAGAUGGAAAUCUAUGGUGCACCGCGGAAAUGUGUACAGCCGUUAUCGUCGUCUCACUCCCCUCUCUGAAGGCGCUCAUCAUUAGACCAACGCCUAACAACACGUACGAUCGCAGCAACUCUGGUUACCUGCAAGCCGGGGAUGGCAAGACUAUUGGCAGCAAAGGCAACGGGCAUAGCUCGCGUGUUCAGGGCGGCACGUUGGACGAUGACGAGAUGGAACUUACUUUUCUCGACCGAAAGGCUAGUCCUGCACCAACUGGAGCCACUGAUGAGACUAGGAUGACCCACCCACCCGCCAUCAUCCACCAACUCCAGUUCUCUCCUGCUGCACGUACGCCAGCGCUCCACGCUCCACGCCGUUCCUUCACCCGCACUCCACCGCUGCACCCUCGACUUGCGCCUACCCACGACGACGUCCACGGGCGUGUUCUGGAUGCCGGCGAUAUGACGCCCCAUAGCUGCCGCCUCGUUCCCUUCUCGACUCUGCUGCUGGCUUGGGCGGGCUUUGCGCUGGCCGGCGACACCAUCACAUCUGGGAAGAUCAAAGUACAGCUGUUUGCUGCACCUUCGUUCUUGAGCGAAGUUAGUGUGGACGCGUAUAAUAACCAGUGUCUAUCGUUGGACAAUAAUCUUAUCGAUGGGCGCGUACAGAGCAUUUUAGUAGGCGGGCAUGAUGUGGCGACUGUGUUGGCCAGGGAUGAUUACUGGAAUUGCCGCUUCUAUGACAACUAUGACUGCGAUGGCGACGACAAUCUGGACCGGUACCUUGCGAUAUCCGACGGUGCAAACAACCUAGGGAGCAUCGCGUGGGGUACGAAGAUACAUGGCCUGAGGUGCCGCAACCGUGACCAUGACGAUGAUUGA